UUUUGAUCCCGCUCGUUCAGGGAAAUUGGACUGCCUGUGGAAUACGAGUCUGGUAACUAAUAGCCAGGAACGCCUGGCAAAUUCGUGUUUUGUGAUCAAAGUUAGCACACGACUGUGUUGUUUUAUUUUAAGCUAGUUUUAAAUUAAGUAAUUUACAGUACAGCACCAUGCUUGAACCUUUGAUGGACAAUCUAGGUUCCAAAUGUAUCGUAUUAGCCAGUGGAUCGCCAAGAAGAAGUGAAAUUUUAAGGCAAAUUGGAUUAAGAUUUAUUGUUUUGCCUUCGAAAUUCGAAGAAAACUUAGACAAAAGUCGGUUUGGUCAUCCAAAGGAUUAUGUACUUGAGAAUGCUAAACUAAAGGCUCUGGAAGUUGUAGAAAGAAUGGCACAAGAAAAACAUAAAGAAAAGCCAGAUAUUGUGAUAGGAGCAGAUACAGUUGUGGUCCAUGAAAAUAAGAUUCUUGAAAAACCCAAAAGUAAAGAUGAUGCAUUUGCCAUGCUUAGAAGGCUAAGUGGGUGUGAACACAAGGUGUAUAGUGGAGUAGCACUCGUGCAGCCAAGCACACAAACCAAAGAUAAUUCAAUAUUACCGGACCCAAAAAUAACCCAGUUUUAUGAAGAAACCUUGGUUACUUUUGGUGACCUCUCGGAAGAUGUCAUAAAAGGAUAUAUAGAAACUGGAGAACCAAUGGACAAAGCAGGAUCAUACGGUAUCCAAGGAAAAGGUGGCUCAUUGGUAACAGGUAUCCAUGGUGAUUAUUUCAAUGUUAUGGGCUUCCCUUUGUAUCAUUUUUGUAAACAAAUUAAAAAACUUUACGAGUAAGAAAAUAAUAGAACAACUUUUAUUAUUAAAAAUGUGUGAUAAAAAAUGUAGGAAUAGAGGAGAAAAAGAUACAAAAGUGAAAAGAUUAGAUUUACUUUCCAUUUUUAAGUGUUAUAUUUCAGGUAAGAAUGCCCUGUGUUCCAUAGGCUCUCCAAUGCAUUCCAGUCCUCUUGGUUGUAUGUUGAAACAAAGUUGUAUAAAUAGUGACUGACAGUCAAGUGAGACAAAAGAAAACAAUGGAAUUUUGGUCUACUA